UCCUCCUGGAUGGGGCGAGGGAGCGAUUUAGCAGCAGCAAAACAUUGUGGCUGGCUACUUCAACUAUGGCUGCGGAGAUCCAUUCGAGGCCUCAGAGCGCAAGGCCAGUUCUUCUGAACAAAAUCGAGGGACAUGCAGACGCUGUCACUGUUGCCGUUUUAAUCCCAAAGGAAGAUGGAGUGAUAACUGUCAGUGAAGACCGAACCAUCCGGGUUUGGUUGAAGAGAGACAGUGGUCAGUACUGGCCAAGCAUCUACCACACAGUCUCCUCUCCUUGCUCGUGUAUGUCAUAUCAUCAUGACAGCAGACGUAUCUUCAUUGGCCAAGACAAUGGAGCUGUUGUGGAGUUUCUCAUCUCUGAAGAUUUCAACAAGAUGAACCAUGUAAAAACAUAUCCAGCUCACCAGAACCGCGUUUCAGAUAUGGUGUUUACCCUGGAGAGCGAGUGGGUAGUGAGCACUGGCCAUGACAAGAGUGUUAGCUGGAUGUGCACCCAGAGUGGCAGCAUGCUGGGGAGACACUAUUUCACUUCCUGGGCCUCCUGCCUACAAUAUGAUCAUGAGACUCAGCAUGCCUUUGUUGGCGAUUACUCAGGGGAGAUCACACUGCUAAAGCUGGAGAAGCAGACAUACUCUAUUAUCACUACACUGAAGGGCCAUGAAGGUAGUGUAGGAAGCUUGUGGUGGGACCCUAUCCAGAGACUACUGUUCUCAGGCGCCUCUGACCACAGUGUCAUCAUGUGGGACAUUGGGGGACGCAAAGGACGAACCUUACUGUUGCAGGGACACCAUGAGCGUGUCCAGGCAGUGCGCUACCUCAUGUUGACCAGGCAGUUGGUAUCGUGCUCAGCUGAUGGAGGCAUAGCAGUGUGGAACAUGGACACAAACAGAGAAGAGGCACCUCAGUGGUUGGAAAGUGACUCCUGCCAGAAGUGUGAACAGCCUUUCUUUUGGAACGUCAAGCAGAUGUGGGACAAUAAAACCCUGGGACUCAGACAGCACCACUGCAGGAAGUGCGGCAAAGCUGUGUGUGGUAGAUGUAGUUCUAAACGCUCCACAUUCCCACUCAUGGGGUUUGAGUUUCCAGUGCGGGUGUGUGACACCUGUUUUGACUCUAUCAAAGAAGAAGAUCGAACCCCAUUGGCCACAUUCCAUGAGGGAAAACACAACAUUGCCCACAUGGACAUGGACCCAUCCAGAGGCCUGAUGGUCACAUGUGGAAGUGACCGCAUUGUGAAGAUCUGGGAUAUGACGCAAGUGGUUGGCUGUAGCUUGGCAACAGGCUUCUCUCCGCGCUGAUUGGUCCAGUCACUCCUCUGGUGUCAUGGAAACCCCUCUGUACAGUGCAUCAUCACCAACAUGCCUGGACUCUGCAGCUUCGCACGUGUGCGAGUGUGAGUGAAUAUUGCAAGUGUAGGUCUCCAUCUUCCCCCCCCCCCCCCCCCCCCCCCAUUGAACCUUUGGAAUGAUCCAUUUCACUGCUUCCGUUCCACAUGAGAGUGUGUGUGUGAGUGUGUGCGCGCACCUGACCCCACACAGAGCACUAAGCACAAUGGUGUGUGUAUGUAUAUGUGUGCAUGUGCCCUAAUGGGAAGUGUGUCGAUGUUAGUGUUUACAUUUAAUAUUUCCGAUGUUUCUUUUGACAAAUGUUGACAAUGGUCAGUUUUUUUUUUUUUUUUUUUUUUUUUUUUUAAAUCCUUGUACUGUAAUAUUAGGAUUCACAAAUUCCUGACCUGCCAUCCCUGUAAAACCAUAUCCAUGUCCACUAACUUUGUCUGACUCUGUAACAUGUAUAAACAUAACACCUGUAAAUACCCUUCUUCAUGUUUAAAAAAUCAAAAUAGUUGUUUGGAAUGCCUUUCAGAUCCCAGUUUUCAGUCCCCCCAAAGCUUCUUUCAGUCUCUUUUUCACCAGAUGGCCUUAAAUCACUCUCAGGAGGUUUUACAUCAAUGGGUAAUCACUGGGCGGGGCUCUUCAUUUUCAGUGUUACACUGACGACGUUUGUCAAUACACGGAUUAAAUUGUGUGAAUCAAUCAUAACCCAUAUAUUGAAUACAUUUUAAAAUGGCGUUGCAAAUGCGAUACAGCUGGUGUGAUGCUGACCCACCCUCCUCCCCUGUCUCGGUCCUGAGUGAGGCAAGGAAAACUGAAGUGUGUUGCUAUAGCAACAGGUCAUCUUUGCCAAGUCUAACACUGUUUGCGGCAUUAUCAAACAUGCUGCUGCUAAGGUGGAUAAAUUGACAGUUGAACUCGAGCAUUACGUAGACUAUUUACACUGUUUGAAUAUAGAUUUACCACACGUGGCACUGAUGAGAAAUCACAAAUGCCUUUUGAGAGUUGUUACUUCGAGGAUAAGUUCAUUGAGCUAAAUUGGAUUUUAACCACAAAGCCACUUAGUUCGUGGACAGGGGCUAAAAUGUUAGUGGACCACUAAAUGCUGCGCAUUAACUUUGUUCCCAGCUGUGUCAGGCAGGGCUGCCGAUGUUCCUUCAACAGCUUUAAAGACAGCAGGGCACAUCCUCAAAGCCUUUUCGUUUCUUGUCUUCUGGACCGCUCCUAUUUUGGCUCCUGUUUGUGGCCCCCCAGCCCAACCCCCCACCAACCCCCACACACACACGUGUGAAACUCAUCCCUACACUGAAAGAAUAGUUGCAAUUGUUGCGCUCCUACAAGUGGUGGCUGAUUUGUGCUUUUGUUGGAGGCCUGCCUUAUUUGGUUCUGAGAUGGUGAACACCAUAUUCUCCUGAUCACAUUCCACUUUUUGAUGUAGUUUAUUUGUAUUUGGAGUACAUUAUUUAUUAUAUGUGUAAAGGAUUGGUUAGUUACGAUUUCCCCCCAUUGUGUAAUUACAAACUAAGUCCUUUGUAAUACAUGCACAUUUUAAUCUAAUAUGCUAUGGCUGAAAUUACAAAUCAGAGGCUUAGCUUGCCAGAAGACACUGCCUAUUUCCCCCCCAAAUCAUUUUAAAAUGUUCUCUUCACUAAAAUAGUCACAUAAGAAAUGCUAAAAAGUACAGCCGGCCACAUAUAAUUGUCAUAUGUAAUAAAACAAUUCUGGUAUAUACUGGUUGUUGAAAAUAUAAUAAAGCUUGCAUUUAACAGGAUGCUGUAGACCACAGGUGUCAAACUCAAGGCCAGAUCCAGCCCGCCACAUCAUUUUAUGUGGCCAGUGAAAGCAAAUCAUGUGCGUCGACUUCAUGUUGCUUCCUAAAAUACCAAUUUGCAAAUUGUCUUCACUUUUGAUAACGUUGAGAUAUUAUUGUAAGUAUUUGUUGCUACCAAUCUUCCUCUUUCAAAAUAAAAUGAGUAAUAUUUGAACAAACAACUUUUUAUUGGUUUGUAAUUUCAAAACUAGUUAUCCAUUUUUUUUGUGUAUAUGUAAUAAUACGAGGUGGAUAUAUGGGUUCACUGUUACAACGGCCCUCCGAGGGAAACCAUAACUAUGAUGUGGCAUGCAACAAAAAUGAGUUUGACACUUCUGUUGUAGACUUUUCAAGUCCACUAUAGACAUGGUGAAAAUUGUAAUGUAAGUUACUAUAGUUAAUUACAUUACACCCCUUUCUGAAUUUUUGGUCAUUGAUUAUAUUUGAUUAUAGCUUUUUGUUGUUAGCUGGGAAAUAUCAGCGUUGUAUUGCCUUUUAGUGAGGUGUCUGUGAUCCAUUCUUGAAAGGAGACAUGCAAAUUUAGAUAUUUGAAUAAAAUGUCCAUGACAUUCUUCUGACAAAUUACAGAACACUUAAUAUGCACUUGUCACUGGUUGAAAUCUAUACUAAAUUUUGGGAGGGGGGAUUCUGUCUCAUGUCUACUUACCUUUUGACUUGGACAUAGUGUUUCAGACAUUUUAGUCCAGUCAUGGCUCAAAAGUGUUAAUUUUUCACAAGAGAGGAGGACUAAGAAACUCUGUGUUGAUGUGAUUAUUAUGAAAAUGAACAGAAUUUUGAGACACAAUCUCUUAAAAAUUCAUAACAGUUCGCUUAUAGACAAUUUUUUUAUUUCAAGAAAUAGGCAAUGAAAAAUGUGUUUAAUUUCACACUUGAUGGGGGUUGCAGGCACUCCAGAGACCCAACUGUUUGUAUACAAAUAAUUCAAAAGUAAAAUUUCCAGUUGGCAAAUCUGGUUCCUUUCCCUAUAAAAGCGAACCUCCUACUUGCCUUUUACUAAUGUAUUUAUGUCUUUGUGUUACUGCCAUGGAGGAGGUGGAGGAGAAGUAUGACUAUCAUAGUGCACUAAAUACUCAAAAAAAUAGACAUGGACCUUUAAAUAGCAACAACAUAUUUUUGCCAUCCUGUACCAAUCAUCACUCUUGUACUGUUCUUACCACAAGGAAUUGCUGCUACUUCUAAAGAUCUGCAGGCUUUUAGGGUUCAGUCAAAUGAAAUCAAAUCACAUCUGUGGGAGGCAGAGUGUAUUUAAAAAUUCACAAUGUCCACAGGGUAACUGACUAUGCUGAUUAAGAGUCAAAGCCUUUUUUCUAAUGUAUUAAUAACGCUAAUUGCAUCCACCUCAUCUUGUGCUUUGUGUGCUCAUCAAUAGCGGCCUUUCACAUCCACUGUGUUUUCGUCCACUUCCUAAUGGUUAUUUGCUUUCAUUACACCAAAUGGAGUACUUAGUAUGUAUAUUCAUGAAGUGAUUCAUGUCUGGUUUAGGUCAUCAAACAUGAGAGAGAACGAUGGUCUUGGUGUUUUACAAGCGGCAACCGUAUUGCCAGAUGAGUCACCUCCCAUUACCCCUCAAACCCGUUCAAUGAUUUCUCUGUGAUUUUCACAUUGGGCUACUUGUUAAAAAAAACCAAAAAGUUAUAAAUACCUUGAGAAAUUCGUUUGUUUUUGACCAAUGUUGUUUCAGAGACAAAUGAGUCAUUGCUUGAUAAUAAAGCUACUACAGUGUGUUUUAUUGUCUAAACUU